GUUUGUGUGUUUAAAAAUUAUUUUUAUUGGGGUUCAAGCAUGAAGAAAUAAAAGAUCAAGUUUUGUCGUGUGUUUCUACAUACAAAUGAAAAAAUCAGAGCACUAAAUGUUUCAGAUUCCACGAAGUGGUUUUAGAAACCUGUCCAGAUCAGAUCAACGCCUCUAAGAUAUUGAGAGAAAAUAUAAAAUGUGUUUUUAUUAAGCAGGAAUCAGUGUCACAGUGUGCACCCCUCCCUCCAGAGGAGGCAGCGACAUAAAAACACCAGAGCACAGAAAGAGUCGACAGAGACCCUCACUAAUCUCACAGCGAUGACACUUUUAGGUUUCUUUCUAAUWCUUCUCCUUACAGAUGCAUUUGCUGAGAGUUUCCAGCAGAACCUACAGCACAAAAACUUUACUAAGAUCUUUGAGCAAAUUCGAGAAAACAAAGUGCCAGCUCAGGAGGAAUGCAGUUUUCAAGCCGUCUUAAACUACCUGAACAUGACCAAAAACAGUGAGAAGUACACUUUGACCCGACCCGUGAAACACCACAGGCAGUCAACAUGGAUCUUCCUGGAGAUGAAGGUUUAUGCAAUUCUUGAUGUGAGAGAGACUGAGCAGUCUUUCAUUUCAUAUAUUUGGAUUUAUUUGAGAUGGGACAAUGAACAUAUUUGGUGGGAUCCAAAGCAAUUCUGUGGGCUUGAUCACAUCUUAGUUCCCACUCAACUUUUGUGGAUUCCUGAUCUGACCAUUGAGGAGAUGACAGAGCAGGACAAAUCCUCUCCAAGUCCUUAUCUCAUCAUAAAAAGUCACGGCUGGGUCGAAUUUAGAAACGACGAGGUGGUGAUCAGCUUCUGCAAGAUGCAAGUUUACAGAUUCCCUUUUGACAUUCAGAGCUGCAACAUUUCCUUCAAGUCUAUCAUGCAUCCCAGUGAAGAAAUCACAUUAUUCUACAACAGCAAUGACACGGCGAUCACAGAAGGGUCUCGUGAAGCCAUGCAAACGCAGUUAGAGUGGCUGUUUGUCAGCAUGACGGUCACAAACGAAACGGUCAACCACUUUGGCUUCAACCAAACAAUGAUCAUCUACACUAUAAACAUGAAGAGGAGGUCUGUCCUCUACAUUGCAAACUUCUUGCUGCCCGUUUUCUUUUUCUUGUGCCUGGACUUCGGCUCCUUCCUGAUGUCAGACACCGGUGGAGAAAAGGUUGGCUUUAAGAUCACGUUGCUGCUUUCAGUCACAGUCAUGCAGCUCAUCCUCAACGACAUUCUGCCCUGCUCAUCAGAGCGGAUUCCCCUCACAGUGGCGUACUGCGUUGGGAUUUUCACUCUUAUGUUGGUAAGUCUCUUAGAGACAAUUUUGGUGAUUCAUCUGAUUGGUAAAGAUGAACAAGAGGAAGAGAAGCAAAGAGGCGAUGAUAGUCAGGCGGAGRAAGGCCGUUUCACAGUGGUAAAGAAAAGGAGCCGCUUACCAUCGGCUGAAAACAUGUCAGAGCCGAACAAAGAGGGCAACACAAGCAGAAAUACAUAUGUGUCCCAGGCAAUAGAGAAGAUUUCAGACGAGCUUGGAGAAAGCAGGAAAACAAUAACUCUCCUCUGCAGCAGCAGUCAAGAUAAGAAACCAGGUUACUGGACGGGAGUGGCUCAAAAAAUCAACAAGGUGUUUGUUUUCAUUUACAUCAUAUCAGCCUUCUUAUUUUUAUUAACUCUUGCUAUAAUGUGGUGUCCUCCUCAUGAGCAGAAAUAGAACCUGUUCAGAUAAGUUCACUUUUCGACUUGAUAUUUAACRUGUGUUUAGUGCCCUUCAGAACAUAACCUCUGAUUAAUACUGCAUGUGUUUUUGACACCGGUCAAAAMUCUUUGGCAUUCUCUCUGCAUGGAGAAAAUGCAUGUCUAGCAUUGAAAGACAGAAAAAAAGGAUUUUGUUUUUCAAGAUUAAAGUGAGUCCAAGCAUGCAUCCAACUCAGCACAAAUUUGGUCUCAUUAAAUGAAAUUUAUAGUUUGAUAGUGAAAGCACAGAGCUAAAUCUGACAGAAACUCUGUGGGAUCACCUGAUGAGAGUCGUGAACAAGAAAUGUCUUCACUUUAUAAGUUAAGCAAAUUUUGACGAAUCAAAAUGUGGAAGAAAACAAAAAGAAGGUUGAAUGCUGAAACUGAAGCCUGAACAACAGUACUAUUUUWAAGUUGUGAGUACAGCGCAGACAGAUGUUUCAUUUUCAGGGUAAUUGUACAUGUUACMGCUAUAUCACAGUUGUAUCUGAAUUCAUCAGUUGUAUCUGAAUUYAUAAACCUGGUAUAUUGUGUGAAAUUGAUUCCUGUCUGCAUUUAAGAUGCAACUGCAGUUUAUGUGUACAAUAAAAAUGCUGAGAACUUGA